UAGUCAAGGAAGAGACUUAACAAAGAAAAGGCAAGGAAGCUGCGAAGGAGUUGACCUGACUUCUUCAACGCGUCCAAUUCUUCUUACAUAAGUACCCCAUCAUUGUGAUAUUAUCAAGAGGGGAAGAUUCCUGCAUAUAAAAGAUCGGUAUUUUUGUGAUUGAGAAGAGGAAGAAGGUGCAGACCAUUUGUCAAAUAAAAAAUCCAUCACACUACCGUCGCUCCGCCCGGAACUUGGACGCAGAUGGACUAGAAGAGCCAGAAGAGAAAGCAGUCUGCACUGAGCUUUUCCAGUCACGCAAAGCAAACCUUUUUUUUUUUAACACACGUAGCAGUGAUCAACAUCUCGUUGUCAGCAAUUACGAUUUGGAGCAACAAACAUAUCAGCAAUAAAAAUGGAAGGAAGCAACGAAGCUCCACAUGACAUCGAAAACCCAUACAUUCCGUUAGCAAAAUCAAUGAAUCAGGGGUUGGAUGCUUUGGCUCCCUUGUCCUCUUCGUGUUGUAUCUACAGAGUUCCUGAACGACUGCGGCGUGCAAGUGAAAAGGCCUACACACCUCAAGUAGUCUCUAUAGGUCCUCUUCACCAUGGAAGGGAAGGCCUACAAGCCAUGGAAGAGCACAAAAAGAGGUACCUACGAGAUUUUAUACGCAGAACCAGGGUCGGCUUGGAGGACUAUAUAAAGAUAAUAAAGGACAAAGAGGGCAAGAUACGCAGUUGUUACGCAGAAACUAUCGAGUUUAGCAGUGAUGACUUUGUGAGAAUUGUUCUAGUGGAUGCAGCAUUCAUUAUUGAGGUCUUGUUGAGGCACCGUUUCCAUGAAUUCCAGGACGAGAAUGAUCGUAUAUUUAACAAACCAUGGAUGGUGCAGGACGUAUGGCCUGACAUACGGCUGCUUGAAAAUCAGUUGCCAUUCUUCGUUCUUGAGGAUCUUUUUGACCCAGAUAAAAUCGAUGUACCUUCUGAUAGUAAGUGUACUGAGAGGCUUUCGAUAAUCAAACUUUCUCUCGCAUUCUUCAAAGAUCUGAUGCAUAUAAAAGGAGCGGAUGGAAAUUUCGAUAAAAUGUGUGCUUAUAAAACAGAACAUUUUGUCGAUUUUUGUAGAAACUUAUAUCUACAGCUACCACUAGAACGGCAGGUUAAGGGGAAACUCGAAACUCUAAACACACCAAGCAUCACAGAGUUACACCGGGCAGGAGUCAAGUUCAGAGUGGGAUCAGCCAAAAACUUACUCGACAUACAAUUCAAUGAUGGGAUUCUAGAAAUUCCAAAAUUGACAAUUAGUGAUGAAACAGCACUUACAGUCAGAAACCUCCUUGCCUUUGAACAAUGCCACUCUAUGGAGAAUUACAUGAAUGACUACGUUGUCAUCAUGGAUCGUUUCGUGAACACUGCAAAGGAUGUGGAGUUGCUUGUUAAGCACGGAAUUGUUGAAAAUAGGCUUGGUGACAGCAGUGGAGGGUCUACUCUGAUCAACAACCUUGCCGACGGGGUCAUAGUGGACUCGAACGACUUCUAUUUUGCUACUCUUUGUGAAGACCUGAACAGGUACUGCAAAACCUCAUGGCACAAAUGGAAGGCAAAUUUAAGACAAAAUUAUUGCAACACGCCUUGGGCAACUCUAUCUAUUGCUGCAGCUGUUUUGCUCCUCGUACUCACUCUCAUACAGUCAGUGUGCUCUGUUGUCUCAGUUCUGCAAAAGAAAUGAUUAAUUAGACCUUGUUCUCUUUGCUUCUUGUUGUCAAAUAUGAAAUUUUAUUACUUUCUUGUUAAUAAGAGAGCUGCUAUAUUUUAGUAACUGCA